AUGCACGGGGAGGUUUGCCACCUGCAUAUCGGGCAGGCUGGCACUCAGCUUGGUAAUGCCGCCUGGGAAUUGUAUCUCCUCGAACACGGCCUGAAGGCUGAUGGCCGACCUAAUCCCGAUGCCAAUGUUGGUGAUGCUGGAGCCUUUGAGACCUUCUUCACCGAGACCAGCAACAACAAACACGUCCCUCGGUCCAUUUUCGUCGAUCUCGAUCCUUCCCCUAUUGAUGAAAUCCGAACAGGUCAAUACAGACAGCUCUUCCACCCAGAGCUCUUGAUCAGUGGUAAAGAGGAUGCCGCAAAUAACUAUGCCCGAGGUCACUACACUAUCGGCAAAGAACUUGUGGACGAUGUUUUGGACAAGAUUCGUCGCGUUGCAGACAACUGUUCAUCCCUUCAAGGCUUCCUGAUCUUUCACUCCUUUGGAGGUGGUACUGGGUCCGGUUUCGGCGCCCUGCUUCUCGAACGCCUCUCGGUCGACUAUGGCAAGAAGUGCAAGCUGGAAUUUGCUGUCUACCCUGCACCCCAAGUCUCAUCGUCUGUCGUUGAACCUUACAACGCCGUUCUCUCCACCCACAGCACCAUUGAGCAUGCAGACUGCACAUUCUUGGUGGAUAACGAAGCUGUGUACGAUAUCUGCCGUCGCAACCUGGAUAUUCCUCGACCCGACUACGAGCAUCUGAACCGCCUCAUUGCCCAGGUCGUCUCCUCCGUUACUUCAAGUCUCCGCUUUGACGGUGCUCUGAACGUCGACUUGAACGAGUUCCAGACCAACUUGGUGCCGUAUCCUCGUAUCCACUACCCACUCAUCAGCUACGCUCCCGUCGUUUCCACCAAGCGAUCCUCCCACGAGAGCUUCAAGGUCCACGACCUGACACUCCAGUGCUUCGAACCAAACAACCAGAUGGUCGUUUGUGAUCCUCGCAACGGAAAGUACAUGGCUGUUGCAUUGCUCUACCGAGGUGAUGUUGUUCCUCGCGAUGCGAAUGCUGCCAUUGCCUCCCUCAAGGCCAAAUCAAGCUUCCACUUGGUUGAUUGGUGCCCUACUGGGUUCAAAGUUGGCAUCAACUACCAACCUCCCAUGCCUGUCCCCGGCGGAGAGCUUGCCAAAGUCGACCGCUCCGUCAGCAUGCUGUCCAACACUACCGCCAUUGCCGAAGCCUGGAGCCGGCUCGAUCACAAGUUCGACCUCAUGUACUCGAAGCGCGCCUUUGUGCACUGGUAUGUCGGCGAAGGAAUGGAGGAAGGCGAGUUCUCCGAGGCCCGAGAAGACCUUGCGGCAUUGGAAAAAGACUAUGAGGAAGUUGCUAGCGACAGUCUCGAGGCAGAAGACGAGGCUGGCGCCGAGUAUUGA